AUGCUGUCUUCAUCCAUUUCACCAACAGAAGGUCAGCUUCAUAACCCUUUUGAUGAUGAAGCAUCUGUUGCGUUAAUAGAACCAGACAUUGACCUGACAGGACAAUCUACAACAAAACCAACGGAACCGCAAAAUGUAUCCCCGACUGUCACUGGCAACAUUGGCUCCAUUAACAACAUUUCUCAGCAACAACAACAACAACAACAAUAUGAAGAUACGCUAGACGAACCUGUUUCAGUAACGAUUAUGCGCGACGUGAAAAAGGUGGCCAAUAAGUCAUUACAAGUCCUUCAUCCAAAUGGCGAUAGAAACGUACUGAGAGACUGGGAUCUAUGGGGACCUUUAAUCUUUUGCCUAAUUCUUGCCAUCGUCUUGAGCGUAGAAGCGCCCAAGGAACAAGCCAUGCCUAUCUUUACAGGUGUAUUUGUUAUUGUAUGGGCAGGAGCAGCUGUUGUUACGGUCAAUGCUCAAUUAUUAGGUGGCGCCGUGUCCUUUUUCCAAUCGGUUUGUGUGAUCGGUUACUGUCUAUUUCCUAUUGUCGCAUUGGCCAUCAUUGCUUUGUUUGUCAAAUUCAUCUGGAUACGCUUGCCAAUUGCCAUUGUAUCGUUUGCAUGGUCAACUUAUGCUUCCGUCGGAUUCAUGUCUGAAACUCAAAUACAUCUACAGAAUAGACGAGCACUAGCUGUUUAUCCUUUAUUUUUAUUCUAUUUUGUCAUUACGUGGUUAGUCUUGAUUUCAUAA